AUGACGUUAGCAGAAGAUAUGGGAGCUAAAGCGUUAAAAGUCUUCAGCGACUCAUUACUGAUAGUUAGCCAAAUUAAAGGCAAAUUCGCGGCAAAAUACUUUAAAAUGGCCAUGUACUUAGAAAUAGCUCAGCGUAAGAGUAAAGUGUUUGACCCGUUUGACAUUUUGCAGAUACCAAGGGACCAGAAUGCGCAGGCGGAUGCGUUGGCCAAUCUCGGAUCCUAUUUAAGGGACAUUUCGUUUACUUCUGUCCCUAUAGUUCAUCUGGCAAAUUCCGCAGUCGCUAAGAAUGUUGAAGACACCAUCGCAGCAACGACCGAACAACCUCAAGACACACAAAAGGUCGUUGGUAGUAUCGGUAACCACGUGGCUACGAGUGACCCUGACGUUGAGGAGGUAAGUGUCAGUUGGACAAAACCGCUUUAUGAUUAUCUUGCUAACGACGUGCUUCUAGCAAACAAGGCAGAGGCGCGCAAGAUUCGGUUCAAAGCGUCUACCUACAUGCUCAUCCAAGGAGUACUAUUCAAGAAAUCUGCUGCAGGGUCCCUAUCUGCGUUGUUUGGAAAAAGAUCAGUGGGAACAAGUCUUGGAGGACAUGCAUGA